UGACGGUUCUUUGUUGAUCAAAUAUGAUAGUGACAAGUAGAUACAAUGAUACAAAGUACAAACCAAUUUUGACUUUUAGUAAAGACUAAAUUUAUUUUCACCAUCAUUUAGGUACACAAAUUAGACCAACAUAGUAAUCCUUUAUUUAUAUCGUUCUCAGUUUGAAUUGUAAUAAAGAUUUGUAGGUAAGUAUUUUAGUGGUCCCCAUUUAUAUUUGUUCAUAAUCUAAUGAGUUUAAAUUUGGAGGAAGCGAACGAAACUCAACAACUCAUGCAGAAUGGAGGCGAAGAAGAUGAACAUAAAGUUUCUCAGUGUGCAACCUCACCAGUCACCAGCAACAAGAUGUCUAGUGGAGCAGCCAGCCUGACAUCCAGAAACCAAGAAAAAUUGCUCACCAGCACUGGAAACAGUAUCAAUGAAUCAACCAAAAUAUCGUAUGUAAGUGAAAAACGUCUUCACCGUGAUGUUAUGCGUUCGAAUUAUAAUAGUCGACCAAAGAAUGUCCCUAAAGGAACACCUGAUGUCAAGCAUAUGGAAAAAGCUUUACUAGAAUUGCUAGAUGAUUUUCACACCGGUAAGCUAAGUGCUUUUGGCUCAGGAUGUAGUAUGGAGCAGAUGAUCAAUAUAAGGGACCAGCAAGAACAUUUAGCACGAUUACAUUUUCGUUUAUGUGCUGAUGUGGAGAAGCCAACAGAAGAUAAUUUUGACAAUUCCGCUUCGAGAGAUAAGAUGGCACAGCUUGUUCAGAGCUUGGAACAACUAUCUGCAUCCAUUGAGCGCUUGCAUUCUGAUAGUAAUUUGAACAUGAAUAGCAAUACUGAAUAAAUGAAAUCAUUUUGUUAUAUUAUUUGUUUUUAGAUAAGAUUCAUGAUUAAUGUCUAUAAAAAUACUUUAUUUCAAAUAAUUAUCUAAAAGUUACUAGAAUAACAAUAAUUCUAUUAUAUGUAUUCUAUUUGUGAAAACUUUUCAAUGGCCUUCCCAUAUUAAUGUACCUCUAAUAUAAUUUAAUCUAGCUGUAAGUUUUCUGAAAAUAGUAAACUAAAAGAAUGUGGUGUAUUAUAAUAUAAUAAAACACAAAUUUUAUUUUUC